CCUGCUCAUUCGCCGGCAGCUUCUUUAUAAGACUCUCUCUCUCACUCGUUCCCCUCCCGCUCAGCCCAUUCAAAGCAAAAGCAAACAGAAAGAGAAAAAGAAAGAAACAUGUCAAGAGCACCUGUGGAGCUCGAUUUCUUUGGUAUGGAGAAGGAGACCGGCUCCUCCUCCAAAUCUCAGUUCCAGAAGUUCCUUCAUCGCCAAAGAAGCUUAGGAGGCAUUCAGGCUGGAAUUUCGAAGAUUAACCCCGAAAUCCUCAAAUCCGUGAUCUCUUCGGCCUCUCUUAACCAAAAUUCUCCGAAUGUGAGUUUUCCUGGCUCGAAGAAGUCCUACUCAGUCCCGUCUACUCCUAAAGCGAGUCGAAACAUCCUGCUUCGCCAUUUACCUGUUUACAUGCCUGUUUCCGGGAGCUCAGAAGAUCCGAAGCAGCCUACUACUCCUUUGACGAUUUUUUACAACGGAAUGGUUGCUGUUUUUGAUGUGCCUGAAAACAAGGCGGAGGCGAUUAUAAAGCUUGCUGAGCAAGGAAACAUGAAAUCCGUCGAAUCUCCGGAGCCAAAGUCCGUCGGUUCCUCAGACGAUCAGCAAAAGUUGCUAGAGACUCUCAAUGGAGAUCUGCCGAUGUACAGGAGGAAGUCCCUGCAGAGGUUCCUGGAGAAACGCAAGGAAAGAUUGACAUGUGUGUCGCCGUUUGCUUGCCAGUCCUAAUAUGUUUGUCUUUACGAGAAGAGCCGUAGGGGGAAUAAAGACUAGGCAGUCGGCGGCCGAAGAAAAAAACCAUCACCCAAAUUAGGACAAUGGCAAACAUCUAAAUAUAUCUUUAUUAAUUAACUAAAUGUUAAGAGCUUUUACAAAAGCCCAUCUUUCUUUUCUUCUCUCUUUUAAAUUGGCUGUUUUGGACGGCCAUUGCUGGUUCACGGUUAACACUGUGGUCUCGAGUUUCUUACAUAGUGUCCCUUGAGCGGCGUACUCGAGGCCAUAUUGAAUGUGAAAUAUUGCAGUUAUAUAAAUAAUAUAUUCAACUUUAACGAUAGUUAUGCUA